AUGAGUCAAUCUGGAAUUCGUAUUGCUAUCGACAGAGGUGGUACCUUCACUGAUGCCUGGGCUCAGAUCCCCGGCCACUCUUCAGACAUAAUCUUCAAAGUUCUUUCCGAAUCCCCAACCGAAUACGAAGAUGCUCCGACAGAAUGUAUUCGCCAAAUUCUCGAAACCGCGAGCGGCUCUUCGAUACCUCGUGGAACGCUCCUAGACUUGACCCCGGUCGAAUCUAUCCGGAUGGGUACUACUGUCGCCACAAAUGCACUACUCGAACGCAAGGGCGAUCGCAUCGCACUAUUAACGACGAAGGGCUUCCGCGACCUACUUAAAAUCGGAAAUCAAGCUCGACCCAAUAUUUUCGACCUAUCUGUUCAACGACUCCGUCAACUAUACGAAACAGUCGUCGAGGUUGAUGAGCGCGUGACGAUUGAAGGAUUCUCGGAGGACCCCAGUCCAAAGCCGAUUGAUGUUGAUUCCGAUGAGAAUCUGCAUUUGGGGUUGACGGGUGAAGUUGUUCGUGUCCUAUGUACUCCGGACUUGAAAACAGUUCGGAAAGAUUUACUCGCUCUGUGGGACCGAGGAUAUCGCUCGGUCGCUAUUGCACUUAUGCACUCAUACACGUACCAGGAGCAUGAGGUUUCGGUGGCAGAAGUGGCGCGUGAGCUUGGCUUCAAAGUUGCUGUGUCCUAUGAGCUUCAGACUAUGGCGAAGCUGGUUCCGAGAAGUCAGUCAGCUGUUGCAGAUGCUUAUCUGUCUCCUGUGACCGAGAAAUACUUAGAUGGAUUUCGGAAGGGGUUCAAAGGCGAAUUGAGAGACGAGCACGCAAAGAAGGUCUUUGUCAACCAGUCAGAUGGUGGCCUAACUUCGAUUGCGAAUUUCUCUGGUCUUCGUGGCGUGCUGAGUGGGCCUGCUGGUGGUGUGGUUGGCAUGUCAAGGACAUGUUAUGAUCCUGAAGAUGGAACACCGGUGCUGGCUUUUGAUAUGGGUGGUACAAGUACUGAUGUCGCUCGAUAUGCCGGGGCAUUAGAACAUAUAUUCGAAAGUACUAUUGCUCAAGUUACAAUUCAGACACCGCAACUUGACAUCAAUACAGUGGCUGCUGGCGGUGGAUCGAUGCUCUUCUGGGAGAAUGGACUUUUUAAAGUCGGCCCACACAGCGCAGGAGCUCAUCCCGGUCCAGCAUGUUAUGGUCGAGGUGGACCACUAACAGUGACGGAUGCGAACUUGUUCCUUGGUAGGAUCAUCCCGGACUAUUUUCCACGACCUUUGGACCUUGAAGUUGUGAAACAGAAAUUUGCGGCAUUGACCGUAGUCAUCAAUUCCGAAAAGGACGGAUCUUCUCAGCUUACUCCAGAGGAAGUUGCUGUCGGUUUUAUCUCCAUCGCGAACGCGACUAUGACUCGGCCGAUUCGAACUUUGAGUGAAGGGCGAGGGUUUGAGACUGCGGCACACAAUCUUUGCUGCUUUGGUGGUGCUGGUGGACAACAUGCUGUGGCUAUUGCAAGGGAUCUAGGUAUUCAGCGAGCUUUGAUCCCCCGGUAUUCCAGCAUCUUGUCUGCUUAUGGCAUGGCUCUUGCCGAUGUGGUUGUCGAAAACCAGGAGCCCGAGGCAACAUCUUAUACGAUGGAGAAUUUCCCUAGACUAGAGGAGCGAUUUGAAAGAUUGAAAGUUGCGGGUGUCGCUGGGCUCAUUUCUCAGGGAUUUUCAGAGUCCCAAAUCGCACACGAAUUGUUCUUGAACAUGCGGUAUCAGGGAAGCGAUACGGCAUUGAUGAUUCCCGAUCCAGGAAACUUCUCGGAUUUUGGUAAUGCGUUUUCUGCACGUCAUCAGCAGCAAUUUGGCUUUACUCAACCGAGAGAGAUUCUGAUCGAUGAUGUUAGAGUUCGGAGCACAGGGAAAGGAAUGGAUGUAUCUCUUUCCAGUCCAACAGCCGAGCUGAAGAAGCUCGCCAAUUCGCCUCCGGCAACACCAACACAGCCAGAACGAAAUAUCAAAGUCUACUUUGAACAGGUCGGUUGGCUUGAUAUCGGACUUUACUCGCUUAAGGACCUGAAGGUAGGUACUUGCAUCAAUGGGCCGGCCAUGGUAAUCGACAAAACCCAGACAAUUAUUGUGGAUCCUGCAAGUUCAGCGAUCAUCUUGCCGGAGCAUGUCGUGAUUGAAAUUACAGGCAAGGCCAAGCCCGAAAUCACAACGAAUGUUGUAGAUCCAGUGCAGCUCAGUGUCUUCGGACAUCGAUUCAUGAGUGUGGCUGAGCAAAUGGGCCACACUAUGCAAAAGACUUCAAUUUCAGUUAAUAUCAAGGAACGACUUGACUAUUCCUGUGCAGUCUUCUCUGGAGAUGGCAGCUUGGUUGCCAAUGCUCCCCACAUUCCAGGUCACUUGGGCUCCAUGAGUUAUGCGAUCGCAUACCAGGCACGACUAUACAAACCUGGUGAGCUAAAGCCUGGCGACGUACUUCUGAGCAACCACCCCUGUUCUGGUGGUACACAUCUUCCCGAUUUAACAAUAACUACCCCCGUAUUUGACAGCGAUGAGAAUCCCACAAAGAUCCUCUUCUUUGUGGCGAAUCGAGGCCAUCACGCUGAUAUCGGUGGGAUCCAACCCGGCUCCAUGCCUCCUAACUCGACAGAGUUGUGGCAAGAGGGUGCCGCCGUGGAGUCGUUCAAGAUUGUCAAAGAGGGCGAGUUCGAUGAGCCCGGGCUGAUUGAGGUGCUGGUGGAUAUUCCAGCUUCUUAUCCGGGGUCAAGUGGUACAAGAACCUUGCGGGACAAUAUUGCAGAUCUCAAGGCCGCAAUCGCCUCUAACAAUAAGGGUAUUCAAUUGAUCCGGUCGCUAAUUAAAGAAUACUCCUGGCCCGUUGUGGAGUUCUACAUGAAAUCCAUUCAGGACAAUGCCAGCCAGUCUACCCGUGAGCUGCUCAAGGUUAUUGCCCAGAAGUUCAAAGGUCAGCCUCUGGAGGCCGUUGAUUAUAUCGACGACGGAACUCCUUUAGCGCUGAAGAUCACCAUCGAUCAAGAGAGUGGUGAUGCGGACUUUGACUUUACCGGUACUGGACCCGAACAUUUUGGAAAUCUGAAUUGCCCACCCGCGAUCAUGUAUUCAGGAAUCAUGUAUUGUCUCCGGUCGAUGAUAUCUUCCGACAUCCCUCUGAACCAGGGCUGCCUGAAGCCCAUUAGACUUAUUUGCCCACCAAACACCCUCCUGUCACCAUCUUUGAAAGCAGCAACAGUCGGAUCAAAUGUCGAGACCUCCCAACGCAUAGUCGACUUGAUCUUCAAAGCGUUCCGUGCAGCAGCAGCUUCCCAGGGUACCUGCAAUAACCUAACUUUCGGUUACGGUGGCCGAGAUCCCGACACCGGGGAGGUAAUCAAAGGGUUCGGAUACUAUGAGACCAUCGCAGGUGGAUCCGGAGCCGGCGCAGAUUGGGACGGCGAAAGCGGCGUGCAUACCCAUAUAACCAACACUCGUAUCUCGGAUCCAGAGAUUUUCGAAAGGCGUUACCCUGUAAUUCUUCACGAGUUCUCUAUUCGAGAAGGAAGUGGUGGAGCUGGACGCCGCCGCGGUGGAGACGGGUGUACCCGCGAUAUCGAAUUCCGAUUACCGAUGCAGGUUUCAAUUUUGUCUGAGAGGCGUGUGAUUCCACCGUACGGAAUGGCUGGUGGUGAUGAUGGGGGUCGUGGGGUGAACUUGUGGUUGAGGAAGUAUCCUGAUGGUACGAGCAGGGUUAUUAGCCUCGGAGGGAAAGCGACGACGCAUAUGAAUGCUGGUGAUCAUAUCAUUGUUCAUACGCCUGGAGGUGGCGGUUAUGGAAAGGACCCACAUAAGAAGGAAGAUGUGUUUAUGGAUAUUUUCAAGAUCCAUGAGAAGUUUGUACCGAGUUCUUCCUUGCUAAGGACGUGA